AUGUCGGUAUUGGCGAUUACGAAGCAUUUUAAUCGAACGUUGGCGUUGUCGUGCACGUUGGUUGCCAUCUCCCAGCUGAACUAUGGAUUCGAUAAUCAGGCUUUCGCAACGACGCAGUCCAUGACUGCUUUCACGAAACAAUUCGGUGACUACAACUCCAAAACAGGAAAAUAUGCCAUCCCGGCUUAUUAUCUGUCGCUGCUGAAUAGUCUGAACUAUAUCGGCUUUGCGUUUGGCUUGUUAGUCGGAAGCUUUCUCAGUCGGCGAUAUGGGCGUCGCCUUUGCAUAUUUUCUAUGAGCUGCUAUGCUCUUGUUACGGCCACAAUUACAGUGACCUCUCAGACCAAGGGUCAGAUUCUCGCGGCACGAAUCUUGAACUACGUUUAUGUCGGAAUGGAGCUAUCAGUUGUACCUGUCUACCAGUCGGAAGUUGUACCAGCUCCAGUCCGCGGAUUUGUAGUUGGAACCUAUCAACUGGCCAUCGGCCUGGGAGGAAUUGUUAUCAACAGCAUUUGCAGAGGAACUAGUACCUUGGAGGGUAACAAAUCCUGGAGAAUACCAUUCGGUCUCUUCUACGUCAUCCCUUGCGUGAUUCUGUCUUUGGUUUGGUUAAUCCCAGAGUCCCCUCGCUGGCUCCUCCUCCAAAAUCGCCCUGAUGAAGCUGAGAAGUCCCUGAAACGCCUCCGCCAGGGAACGAUGACAAACGAAGCAAUCGCAGAUGAAUUGGCCUCGUUGAAGAUUGGACUUGCCAUCGAGCCGGAACAGGGUCAUUUUAAGGAGUUGUUCGACAAGACAAACUUAAAGCGUACCCUGAUUGUUAUCGCUAUUAGCUUCUUCCAGCAAGCCACCGGCCAGGCCUUUUCAAGUCAGUACGGUGCGAUAUUCGUCAAAUCGCUCGGCACAGUCAACCCUUACAACUUCGCAAUCAUCACAAGCUGUAUUACCACGGCAGCAUGUCUCAUUUCGAACCUCUUGAGUGACAAAAUCGGUCGGCGAAAGCUUUUCAUCGCAGGUGCAGGCAUCCAAGCCGUGGCGCUAUUUACAAUGGGCGGCCUGGGAGUAGCAAGUCCGGUCACCUUGUCUGAAAGCACCGCGAUAGCAGCUAUGAUGGCCAUCUUUGGAGCUGGGUUCGGUCUGGGCUGGGGACCUCUCACAUAUGUGGUAAUCACGGAGCUACCAGCUUUGUCGCUUCGUGAUCACUCUCAGCGUGUGUCUUCUUUGACAAACAUCGGGAUCAAUUUCGCGGUGACAUUCUCGAUACCCUAUCUACUAGACGACAGUUAUGCAGGUCUGCAUUCCAAGGUUGGAUUUAUCUUUGGAAGUAUUGCAGUAUGCGCGUGUGUCUUUACGUACCUAUGUGUGCCGGACUGCCAAGGAAAAUCCCUUGAGGAGGUGGAUCGACUUUUCCAUGAGGGAGUCCCCGUAAGGAAAUUUAAAGACUACCAAUUGGCUGCCUUAGAUGGAGCUGAAGAGGACGAGAAAGUGAAAGAGAUCCGAAGUCAGAGUCAAGCUGUCUAA